AUGUCUACUGAAGGGGAAUCCCCCGCGGGAGAGUUGUCCGAGUUCGAGACGCAAUUUGAGCCUCGGUCUAACGAUGACGAUGCUCUAUGGGAAGUCAUAGAAAUUGUUGCCGAGCGGGGUAAGAAGUAUCGGGUUAGGUGGGCGGGCAAUGAUCCCAAGACGGGGAGGCCAUGGCCGUUGGACUGGGUACCUAAGCAUGACUGCACGGAUCAUCUUGUGGAAGAGUGGAAGAGG